AUGGGGGCGGGGGUCAGGGGUCAGGGGUCGGGGGAUGAAAUGGAAGUUCUGACACCUUUGCUGAUAUUCUUCAUCGUGCCUUCACAAUUGUCCAUCCUACAAGCAAAUGCUUUGGAGAACAAAGACGCCAACGUUCUGACAGAAGAGCGAGAUGGCAUGCUGGUCGCAGGGAUCGUCCCUCACCAGUGGACUCAAAACAUAUCAAACACGGUGCCUCCUGGUACUCUCCCUCCUCCUUCUUACCAAUGGCCUGAUCUCGAAGCCCUCAGCACAACUGUGACUCCUGAAGAGCAAAAGUCCAUCUCACAGGUGGAAGACGUCCUCGUCGAGGUGAAGCGGAGUCUGGAUCGUUAUUCUGAGCACGUUGGUCCAAAUGCGCAGGUCCAAAGUGCCAGGAAGGCUGCAGACGCAACAGCAACAAGCGCUCUCGUUGAAAGCGGGGAGCCCGACCCAACUAAAGUGAGCGAGCCUUUCGUCAAACUACAAAAGAUCCGAAGCGGCAAAAAUAUGACUAUUCAAAAUCGCAAGCAAAACGGAAGGAGAAGGGAUGUCAAAAAAACAAACGGAACGAAGAAGACUAAAAAGACAGAGCGUUUCCCAUACUUCCUGGAUAACUACUGUCCUCCGGAUUGUGCCUGCUAUGGAAGGGUGGUCCAGUGUUCGGACAAAGCGGUGGACAAAAUCCCGUAUGGCAUCCCCUACAGCUCCCGGUACAUCCUCCUGAUGAACAACCGCAUCGACAGCAUUCAACUGGACCUCCUCCGGGGAUACGCCUCCAUGGAGUUCCUGGUCCUGAGCAAAAACCAACUCACAGACGACUCGCUGGAGGGGGCCUUUCAAGGCAUCCAGGCCUUGAAGCGUCUCUACCUGGAUCAGAAUCUACUGUCCAGCGUACCGACGGACCUUCCGGCUUCCCUUCAGGAGCUCCGCCUGGACAACAACCGCGUGAGGUUGAUGUCGCAGUCAUCUUGGGCUCGCUGUCCCGGCCUGUUGGUGCUGAGCCUCAGCAACAACAGUUUGGGCGACCCAUCAGGAUCCCUUCUAGAUGCCGUGCUGUCUCCCCUACAUCACUUGAGGACUCUGAACCUGGACCAGAACCAGCUGACGACUGUUCCUCUCUGGAUGCCUCUGUCCAUCAAGGAACUGUACCUCAGAGGGAACCUGAUCGAGUACUUUAGUGGCAGAGCAUUCAACGGGACAUCACAAUUGGCAAUUUUGGACCUUAGUACCAACAGACUGAGCAACAAGGGCCUGGCCAAAGACGCUCUUCUCAAUGCCCCCAACCUGGAGAGCCUCAACUUGGAGGGGAAUCGAUUCAAAAAAGUACCCCAACACCUUCCCUCCUCGCUAAAAUCGUUAAACCUCGAGGGCAACCUCAUCUCCGCUAUUAGAAGAAUGGAUUUGAACUCUUUGCCGAACCUGGAACAUCUGGGUCUGGCCCGGAAUAAGAUCUCCAAAGUAGCCCCGGGCGCGUUCCGGAGUUUGCCCGUCCUGCACCAGCUAGACCUCUGCUACAACGCCUUGCGCCAGGUUCCGAGGCAGCUACCGCGAGGCCUCCACUCGUUGGUGCUCACUCACAACCGGAUAGAGUCGGUGCCCCGGGACGCCUUCUGCUGGGGUCGGCUCGGCUCGGGCCUCAGCGGGCUGGUCCGAGUCCAGUUGGGGAACAACUUGAUGGACAUGGGAAAGCUGGACUCAAAGGCUUUCAGGUGCUUGAGGGGAUUCCAGGUUGUGCACUUCUACUGA